GGGUGGGUUCGCGCAGGUGGCUGCAGAGGUUCCAGUUCUUCAGCGUGAGGGGCCGCAGGUGUUCAGGUGGGAUCCGGGUCGCAAAGAGAGAGAGGAAGGGAGAGAGAGAAACAUCGAUGCAAGAAAGAAGCAUCGAUUGGUUACCUUCGUGCAUUCCUAGACUGGGGAUCCUAUACGUCUGGACUGGGGGUCACAUGUGCCCAUGUCCUGUACUGGGGCUGAACCAGCAACUUAGAUUGCGGGAUUAGUGACAUGCUUUCCUAAACAGCAGCAAAGUUGAAGAUGUCUCGACACUUGGUAGCUUUGACAGUGAGCACACUUCUGGGUGUGGCAGUGGGGGGGUUUGUCCUGUGGAAAGGCAUCCAGCGCCGGAGGAGUAGAACGAGUUGUGGGACCCAGCAGCAGCAGCAGCAGCAGCAGCAGCAGCAGCAAGUUCCAGGCAGGAGAGAGCUGCCUGCUCCAGAAGAGGACCCGCUGCACUCCAGUGCCCCCAGAGCCUCAUGGGAAGAGAGGAUCCUUGAUGCCAAGGUGGUGACUGUGUCACAGGAAGCAGAGUGGGAUCAAAUCGAACCCUUGCUUAGGAGUGAGUUACAAGAUUUCCCAGUACUUGGAAUUGACUGUGAGUGGGUGAACUUGGAAGGCAAACCCAGUCCUCUGUCAUUGCUUCAAAUGGCCUCACCAAGUGGCUUCUGUGUCUUGGUUCGCUUGCCCAAGCUGAUCUGUGGAGGAAAAACACUACCAAAAACAUUAUUGAACAUUUUGGCAGAUGGCUCUAUUUUAAAGGUUGGAGUAGGAUGUUCAGAAGAUGCCAGCAAGCUUCUGCAGGAUUACGGCCUUGUGGUUAAGGGGUGCCUGGACCUCCGCUACCUAGCCAUGAUGCAGAGAAACAAUUUGCUCUGUAAUGGACUUAGCCUGAAAUCACUUGCUGAGACUGUGUUGAACUUCCCCCUUGACAAGUCCCUUGUACUUCGCUGCAGCAACUGGGAUGCCGAGGAUCUCACGGAGGACCAGGUAAUUUAUGCUGCCAGGGAUGCCCAGAUUUCAGUGGCUCUCUUUCUCCAUCUUCUUGGAUACCCUUUCUCUAGGAAUCCAACUGUAGAAGACAGUGAUGACCUCACUGGCUGGAGAAAGGUCUUGGAGAAAUGCCAGGAUGUGGUAGACAUCCCAUUCCGAAGCAAAGGAAUUAGCAGAUUGGGAGAAGAGGUUAAUGGGGAGGCAACAGAAUCUCAGCAGAAGCCAAGAAAUAAGAAGUCUAAGAUCGACGUAAUGGUGCCAGGCAACCACCAAGGGAGAGACCCCAGAAAACAUAAAAGAAAGCCCCUGGGAGUGGGCUAUUCUGCCAGAAAGUCACCGCUCUAUGAUAACUGCUUCCUCCACGCCCCUGAUGGACAGCCCCUCUGCACUUGUGAUCGAAGAAAAGCUCAGUGGUACCUGGACAAAGGCAUUGGAGAGCUGGUGAGCGAAGAGCCUUUUGUGGUCAAGCUGCAGUUUGAACCUGCAGGAAGACCUGAAUCCCCGGGAGACUACUACCUGAUGGUUAAAGAGAACCUGUGUGUAGUGUGUGGCAAGAAAGACUCCUACAUUCGGAAGAACGUGAUUCCACACGAGUACCGGAAGCACUUCCCCAUUGAGAUGAAGGACCACAACUCCCACGAUGUGCUGCUGCUCUGCACCUCCUGCCAUGCCAUCUCUAACUACUAUGACAACCAUUUGAAGCAGCAGCUGGCCAAGGAGUUCCAGGCCCCCAUUGGCUCUGAGGAGGGCUUGCGCCUGCUGGAGGACCCGGAGCGCCGGCAGAUGCGUUCCGGGGCCAGGGCCCUGCUCAACGCCGAGAGCCUGCCUGCCCAUCGGAAGGAGGAGCUGCUGCGAGCGCUCAGAGAGUUUUAUAACACAGACACAGUCACGAACGAGAUGCUUCAAGAGGCUGCCUGCCUGGAGACCAGGAUUUUUAAUGAAAAGUACAUUCCUCACGGGCUGAAGGUGGUGCAGUGCCACAGCCAGGGCGGGCUGCGCUCACUCAUGCAGCUGGAGAGCCGCUGGCGCCAGCACUUCCUGGACUCCAUGCAGCCCAAGCACCUGCCGCAGCAGUGGUCUGUGGACCACAACCAUCAGAAGCUGCUCCGGAAAUACGGGGAAGACCUUCCCAUCAAGCUGUCGUGAGAGCUGCUCUCCACCCAGAUGGUAAGUGAAGGAUUCUCCCUGAAGUGACAUGUCAGGACUCUCAGGUUUCUGAUACGCCUGUUUCCUGCUCUGUGUUGAUUUCUCUCCAACAGGGUGUCCAGUAUUUCAACCCCGUCAGGUCAGAAGGGGAGAAAAAGUUCUUCCAGGGGUUUGGAGAUAUAAACAAAAGUUCAGAUUGAUUUUCCCAGCUCAACCUCAUAAUUAUAAAUUCUUUGGCUUAAUGCUGUCCCACAGCACACGUGUUUGCGAUCCAUCCCAUCUGAAUCACUUCAGUUUAUUUCACACCCUUGAGAAUGCGCCCCUUGACAUGUCCAGGACCAAAACAGCAGCUUCCUGCCCUGCGCUUCCACCCUAAGACUGGAGGGAAUCCUUUUCUGGAAAUAGGCCGUCAACCUGGGUGGGGCAGAGAGAAGUCUAAGCACCAUCUCCCAAGCGACCUUUGAUAAUUUGCUUAGCUUUCUCUUUCAUGCUGUUCAUUGUCUGCUUGUUGCAAUCCUCCUGCCCAUAACUGCAAGGUUUUUCAGCUUAAUCCCUUUUGCAGAGGACGAUUAUCUUUUCUCAGAAGCAAUAUCAGGCCUCUUCAGUGUUCUGUGUUCCAUCAGAUUUGCAACACUGACCUCUUUCGAGCAUUGAAUUCUUUCUUGGAGUCAUUUGGUUAGGUUGCAAUGUGAGGAUUUCCACAUCUCCUCUCAUACCUGGAACACUGAGAUUAAUUAAUGUGUUUAGAUAUUCAAAACAGUGGUGUUUUUAUCUUUCAAAAUGUGAGGCCAACACUUUAAGCAUGAAAUUAACUUGGUUAGUGAUUAGUAUUUUUUCUAAAAUAUUAGGAAAACUUUCUUACUUUAUGAGAUUGUAAUAAUCUUAAAAUAAUUUUGUGGCCAGAAUCCAACGAGAGCUCUGUUUUGAAAUUGUGCCCAAGUUGGUGAUGGUUGUUCUAACAUUGAUAAAUAAAACUUCU